GCAGAGGGUCAUUCAUUCACAGGUCUGCAAAAUGGCUUACAACGUAUUACCCUCCACAGUCAAUGCCCCGCGGGAAAAUUAUAUCCACAACCCAGCAGCCAUCUUUCCACUGCUACAGAUACCUAAGGUUGACCUCUGCGUCCUCAAUAGUGAACCAUCAUCACCUGAAGCCACUCAGGAGCUCAAGAUUCUCCGGUUUGCUUUGACCGUGUGCGGUUUCUUUCAGAAGUUCAACUGUGAUGUAUUGUUUUCUCAGGUUGUUAAUCACGGAAUAGAUAUUUCACCCCUUGAGGAAUUGUAUGAUGUUACUAAACGAUUUUUUUUACUUCCACCGGAAGAGAAGCACAAAUAUUCACGACCAGCUGGUGAUCUUGAUCUUGCUGGUUUUGGAAAUGAUCAAAUUCUCACUCAACAUCAGACCCUUGAUUGGAAUGACGUGUUGUAUCUCGAUUUGUAUCCUGAAGAUCAAAGGACACUAAAAUUGUGGCCUGACAAUCCUAACGACUUCAGGAAAGUUUUGCUCGAGUGUAGGGCGAAGUUACAAAAAUUAAAUGAGCUCAUCCUCAAGGCCAUGGCAAAAUCGCUCAACUUGGAAGACAAUACCUUUCUGAGGCAAUAUGGAGAAAGCCCAAGGGUGCUAUCAAGAUUUAACUCUCAUCAUCCGUGUUCAGGAUCAGGACCCCAAGUUGAAGCCAAACCGCAUUCGGAUGCAUCGGCAUUGACUUUUUUCUUACAAGACAAACCAGUGGAAGCCUUUCAAGUCCUAAGAGGUGAUAAAUGGUUCAGACUUCCUGCCAUUGCUCAUCCUGCUAUUCUUGUUAUGCCUGGGGACCAAGCUGAGAUAAUGACUAAUGGCCUAUUCAAGAGCCUGUUGCAUAGGUUUGUGGCAAACUCAGAAAGAGAGAGGAUCAGCAUAUCCAUUUUCUUUAUCCCUGAUAAGGAAAAUGUGAUUGAACCAGCAGAAGGACUUGUUGAUGAAAAAAGGCCAAGUUUAUAUAGACCAGUUGUAGAUUAUGUUGGUGCCUUUUACCCUGAGCAUCGUGAAGGGAACAGAGUGAUUGAUGCGCUGAAAAAAUGAGUUUCCUGCUCAUAUUUUAAAUUUGCUGGUUCCAUACGAGUAAAAUAUUGCUAUGUGAUAUAUGAGCAAGCCUAUAAUAUCAUUAUAGCUUGCGCUCAUGAUUUCAACUCUCAGCUUUCAUAACCAUUCUCAGCUUUCAUAACCAUUUACGGAAGUUGGUAUUUGCAGAUUAGUUAUACUUAUUUUGCCAAUUUAGCUCAAUUAUUUCCCUAUGAAUGAUUUGGAGAAAGGUGUUUUACAUCCUCCAACUUGGUGGUACA